AUGAAGAAUGCCACCUUGCUGAUGGAGGCGGCUCGCUCCGCUGGAUUGCACUGGGACAAAGCAGAUGCCCAGAGGCACAUUGAAAAAGUGGUUGACGAGCUGAAUGCCCAGCUGUUCACUGUCGAAGCCGCAAGACAUUCGGGAUGGGGAAAAGGUUUGAGCAUGGGCAAGAUGGCGGACCGUAUCGGGUCCUUUGGCUGCGGCAAUAAGUCGCAGUGCGAUGAUGACACGGAGGACACGGCCGAGGUGGUGGCUUCGAGCAUCACGGCCACCUUGGACCUGAUCUUCAAGUUCGCUGAUGGUUCUCUCACUUGGCAGGAUGCAUUGGGGACCAUUGGGGGCAUCGCCUUGGACGUGGUGGGCCUGAUCAACCCGGUGCUGGGUCAGGUCUUUACUGUGGCCUUCUCCUUCUUCACAGGACUGCUUGGUAUGGGGCAGGAGUCACCGGAGGAAAAGCUGUACAAGAGGAUCAUGAAGGAGACAAAAAUCAUGAUUCAGACAAGCUUUGCACAAGAAGAGAUCGGGGCGAGGGCAAACGACAUGCAGGUCCUGGUUGAAGAGAUGCGCUGGGCCCCUGUUAUGCUUGGUCAGGUCAAGAACGAUGAGGACAAGCACACGUUGCUGAUGUACUAUGUCAUGAUUCAACAUGAUAUCGCCAAGAUUUCCUCGAAAAUACUGUCCAGCAACUUUGGCAAGUCAGAAAGUGACAUGCCCCCAGAAAUGGACGAGGUACGGGCCGACUGGUCAAAGGCCAUGGUCCCCAUUGCCUUCUACAUGAUGCAGAUGCAGGUUAACUUGAUCUUAGACAUCAACCACUAUGUGGAGGUCGAGGGUAGAGUCGUGGCGCACAAUCACACGACCGGCCUCCUCGAGAGGUACAAAGGCUUCUUCGAGCAGCACUUCCCAAAGAUCGAACGAAGCACAAAGUUAGACAUCGAGGACCAGUUGGAUUGGAAAACCCCAGGGUGCGAACAAGCUCGAAAAAGCAAAACGGAAUUCUAUCGGCGCAGCACGGGCAAAAGCUGCACAGUCAAUGGGGUGGACGCAUGCAAGGAAGAGCAGUGCAGCUUGAACUUCGCAAGCUGUCCGGCGAUUCCGUGCACCUCGUAUCACAUGAACCGGUACUUGGAGAAGCAGCUCAAUGACAUCCAAAAGCAACGUGCUCUUGCAGCAGAGCUCUACGACAAGAAGCCGAAGGAGGGUAUCUCCUUCAAGAUGCUCGAGAAAGGGGCCUACUGCCGUGAUGGGUACAUCCAUGGCACCUACAACCAAGAAGGAACCUUUGCAGAUCUGGAGACUUGCGCGAAGCAAUGCGAGUCUGAGGAUUCUUGUUAUUUCUUCGCCUUUGCAAACGGGCUGACCUGUUCCAGGUACUCCAUCCAGAACGACGGGUGCACUCAUCGUCACAGUCAUUCUGCCCACACGGUCUACGCCAAGAUGCACACACCGUUCAAGCACUUGGGACGUGGCUACUGCGCCAAGGGCUAUUUUGAUGCCAUCCGGGGCAGUGUAACCUACGACAGUUGCACAAAGGCGUGUGAAUCCGACAACAGGUGUUGGUUCUUUGCCUAUGACGCCGGGCAGAACUGUGCCAUGUAUGACAGCCGAGCUGACGACUGUCUGCAAAAGACGGAUGACCCAGCGUACGUCAGCUUUGAGAAGACGGCGAAGGUGUGGAAGUGCGAAAACAGCCGUGGGGUGGACAUCGGAGACCAUUUCAUUCAAUUCGGGUCAUGGCGCUUGGCUCACAUGGAUGAUGCUCACUUCUCCAUCUCGCACAGAGAAGGCCAGACCGCCAUGAUUUGGCGUUGGGACCAGACCCUUCAUGCUGGACCUCGAACUGCCUGGGGCUCAUGGCAGCGUGCCAGUGGAGUCAAGCUGGUGGGCCUUGACAUGGACACUAGCCAGCAAAAGGUGGCGUUUGGGAACCGGUUCGUCGAGAUCGGCAGGUGGAGGUUUGGUGACAGCGGCGAUGGCGAGCACUUCUCCAUCUCACAGAACCAACCCGGCCGGUCAAUGACAGUUGUUCAAUCUUUCGACCAAAAUGGACAGCAGAAGACCCAGCAGAAGGGGGGAGAAUACUGGAAACUUCGCACGGGAAUAGCGAAAGGUCUUGGCGUGGGAGACGGUUUUAUUCAGCUUGGGAGCUUCCGCAUGGGCGAGGCUGAUCCUGAUACCUUUGUCGUGUCCCACGUGAGCGGAAAGGACCUUGCGGUGUACACCAGUGACGGACGGCACUGCUACGGCCCGGAUUGCCGCAGCACUCCAGCAGUUUCCCUGUGGUCGCGGCCAAUUUGUUUGGACAGCGACUGA